AUGUCCACGUCCACGUCCACGUCCACGUCCACGUCCACGUUCACGUCCACGUCCACGUCCACGUCCGCGUCCGCGACCGCGUCCACGGUCCAGCGUCCACGACCGCGUCCACGUCCAGCGUCCCCGUCCAGGUCCGCGUCCACGUCCCCGUCCGCGUCCGCGUCCACGUCCGCGUCCACUUCCACGUCCACGUCCACGUCCACGACCGCGUGGUCAUGGGCGUACCAUUCUCCCCGCCCCAUUCUCCCGCUUUCCAUCACCCCGUCCCAUUCUCCCGCUUUCCAUCACCCCGCCCCAUUCUCCCGCUUUCCAUCACCCCGCCCCAUUCUCCCGCUUUCCAUCACCCCGCCCCAUUCUCCUGCUUUCCAUCACCCCGCCCCAUUCUCCCGCUUUCCAUCACCCCGCCCCAUUCUCCCGCUUUCCAUCACCCCGCCCCAUUCUCCCUCCUUCCAUCACCCCGCCCAAUUCUCCCGCUUUCCAUCACCCCGCCCCAUUCUCCCUCCUUUCAUCACCCCGCCCCAUUCUCCCUCUUUCCAUCACCCCGCCCCAUUCUCCCGCUUUCCAUCACCCCGCCACAUUCUCAUUUUUUCCAUCACCCAGCCCCAUUCUCCCUCUUUCCAUCACCCUGCCCCAUUCUCCCGCUUUCCAUCACCCCGCCACAUUCUCCCUUUUUCCAUCACCCCGCCCCAUUCUCCAUCACCCCGCCCCAUUCUCCCGCUUUCCAUCACCCCGCCCCAUUCUCCCGCUUUCCAUCACCCCGCCCCAUUCUCCUGCUUUCCAUCAACCCGCCCCAUUCUCCCUCUUUCCAUCACCCCGCCCCUCUCUCCUGCUUUCCAUCACUCCGCCCCUGCUUUCCAUCACCCCGCCCCAUUCUCCCUCUUUCCAUCACCCCGCCCCAUUCUCCCUCCUUCCAUCACCCCGCCCCAUUCUCCCGCUUUCCAUCACCCCGCCCCAUUCUCCCUCUUUCCAUCACCCCGCCCCUCUCUCCUGCUUUCCAUCACUCCGCCCCAUUCUCCCUCUUUCCAUCACCACGCCCCAUUCUCCCUCUUUCCAUCACCCCGCCCCAUUCUCUCGCUUUCCAUCACCCCGCCCCAUUCUCCCUCUUUCCAUCACCCUGCUCCAUUCUCCCUCUUUCCAUCACCUCGCCCCAUUCUCUCGCUUUCCAUCACCCAGCCCUAUUCUCCCGCUUUCCAUCACCCCGCCCCAUUCUCCCACUUUCCAUCACCCCGCCCCAUUGUCCUGCUUUCCAUCACCCCGCCCCAUUCUCCCUCUUUCCAUCACCCCGCCCCAUUCUCCUGCUUUCCAUCACCCCGCCCCAUUCUCCCUCUUUCCAUCACCCCGCCCCAUUCUCCCGCUUUCCAUCACCCCGCCCCAUUCUCCCUCUUUCCAUCACCCUGCCCCUCUCUCCUGCUUUCCAUCACUCCGCCCCUGCUUUCCAUCACCCCGCCCCAUUCUCCCUCUUUCCAUCACCCCGCCCCAUUCUCCCUCCUUCCAUCACCCCGCCCCAUUCUCCCGCUUUCCAUCACCCCGCCCCAUUCUCCCUCUUUCCAUCACCCCGCCCCUCUCUCCUGCUUUCCAUCACUCCGCCCCAUUCUCCCUCUUUCCAUCACCACGCCCCAUUCUCCCUCUUUCCAUCACCCCGCCCCAUUCUCUCGCUUUCCAUCACCCCGCCCCAUUCUCCCUCUUUCCAUCACCCUGCUCCAUUCUCCCUCUUUCCAUCACCUCGCCCCAUUCUCUCGCUUUCCAUCACCCAGCCCUAUUCUCCCGCUUUCCAUCACCCCGCCCCAUUCUCCCACUUUCCAUCACCCCGCCCCAUUGUCCUGCUUUCCAUCACCCCGCCCCAUUCUCCCUCUUUCCAUCACCCCGCCCCAUUCUCCCGCUUUCCAUCACCCCGGCCCAUUAUCCCCUUUCCAUCACCCCGCCCCAUUCUCCCGCUUUCCAUCACCCCGCCCCAUUCUCCCGCUUUCCAUCACCCCGCCUCAUUCUCCCGCGUUCCAUCACCCCGUCCCAUUCUCCUGCUUUCCAUCACCCUGCCCCAUUCUCCAUCUUUCCAUCACCCUGCCCCAUUCUCCCGCUUUCCAUCACCCCGCCACAUUCUCCUACUUUCCAUCACCCCGCCCCAUUCUCCCUCUUUCCAUCACCCCGCCCCAUUCUCCCGCUUUCCAUCACCCCGCCCCAUUCUCCCGCUUUCCAUCACCCCGCCCCAUUCUCCCGCUUUCCAUCACCCCGCCUUAUUCUCCCUCUUUCCAUCACCCCGCCCCAUUCUCCCGUUUUCCAUCACCCCGCCCCGUUCUCCCGCUUUCCAUCACCCAGCCCCAUUCUCCCGUUUUCCAUCACCCCGCCCCGUUCUCCCGCUUUCCAUCACCCCGCCCCAUUCUCCCUCUUUAG